GGUAUCACAACCGGUCCGCUUCCCGAUUUCUUAACACUGCAAACGGGCCAUGGAGGGAGGGGUAUUUCAGAGUUUCUCAAAUUUACAACGAUCAAAACAGUAUCGUCAGAAAAUCAGCCACACUAUCUGAAAGAGUCACAACACAACCAAUAAACCCCAAUAUACAAUACAUACAACCACGGUGGCGACGGCGAUAAUCAGCCAGCACGGUCGUUUAAAGCCUCUCGCACCUUCACAUUAACUGCAGUCUGCAACCUGGGUUGAGGACCAGAGGCGGCAUCAACAUCCGACGAGAUCAGUGGGGAAAACAGUACAAUCGACCACAAUCCGUGUGUUUUCAUUUUGUUUUGUUUUUAUCAACCAGAACAUAACAGACCAAGAACAGCAACAAAUUAGGAAAGAUGCCAGAAGUAAGGAUUAUUGCCAAGAAUUUCAUGGACAUGGUGGCUUCUUUGCCUGCUACAAAGCUUGAUAAUUUGUAUCACAAUGCUUUCAUUUGUGAAGCCAUUCUCAGAUCUUUGCCACCUCUAGCCAAAAAGUAUGUGCUGCAGAUGUUGUACAUUAUUGAGCCUAUAGUCACUACAUCAAUGGAAGCGUGGGUGGCUGCUGAAGGAAUGUCAAAGCAUAGAGUCGCCAUUGACAAAUUAGUUCAGUUGAGACUAUUUACUGAAACUGUUGACAGCAGGAAAAGGGAAACCACGUACAGACUGAAUCCAACAUUUCAGAAAAACCUUCAGAAUCAUAUAUUACAUGGAGGGGUUUUACCAAGGGAACCUAUGAAAAUAAAUGUGAGGCUUCCAAGCUCAGCUGAUUUAGAUGCCUAUGCCUCUGGACAGUGGGAGAGCUUUCUGUUGCACCUUAUAAGCUCCACAGAAGCUGAAGCAACAAGAAACAUCAGCUCCUCUAUGAUGAAAAUUUUCCAGAGAGGCCUUCUAAGUCAAAGAGACAGGGAAGCUCCUAUGUUAACAGAGAGUGGUUUUCAGUUCUUGCUUAUGGAUACAAAUGCACAACUUUGGUAUGUCAUCAGGGAGUAUAUUACUCAUUGUGAGGAGCGAGGUGUUGAUACGUCAGAUCUUAUCUCAUUUCUACUGGAGCUCAGUUUCCAUGUUUCUGGUGAGGCUUAUAAUAUGAACACUUUGAGUCACAGUCAGGGAUCCAUAGUUAAGGACCUUGCAGACCUAGGGUUGGUCAAGCUUCAGCAGGGUAUGAAAGAGAGUUGGUUCAUUCCUACGAAAUUGGCUAUCAAUCUUUCAAUUAGUCUAUCCGAUGCAUCGUCCAGAAAACAGGGCUAUGUUGUUGUGGAGACAAACUUUAGGCUUUAUGCAUAUACAACAUCUAAGUUGCACUGUGAGAUUUUACGCCUAUUUGCAAGGAUAGAAUAUCAGCUGCCAAAUCUCAUUGUUGGAGCAAUUACAAAAGAAAAUCUCUAUAAGGCUUUUCAAAAUGGCAUCACCUCAGAUCAGAUUAUUUGCUUUCUCCAGCAGAAUGCACAUCCUCGAGUCGCUGAAAAAGUGCCUUCUGUACCAGAGAAUGUAACCGAUCAGAUAAGGUUGUGGGAAUCAGAUUUGAAUAGGGUUGAAAUGACACCUUCUCAUUUGUAUGACGAGUUUCCUUCCAGGGAUGCCUUUGAGGCUGCCUGUGAUUUUGCACGGGAGUAUGGUGGGUUGCUAUGGGAAGAUUCAGUAAAGAUGCGUGUAAUUGUGAAGGCUGAAACUUACGAUCACAUGAAAAGAUUUCUUCGUCAAAAGUAAUAGCUAGUUUCUUGUACCUAACAUUACACUGCUAAUGUUAUUCAAUCAAUUUUGUUUUGAGAAUUGUAAAUUAUAUAGUAAGAUGUCCCAGAUGCAUAUAUAUCCAUUAAUUCAUGCUACACCCAAAAAAUAUAGUAUGCUGCGGAUCAUUUGAGGAAUACCACCUUAUUUGGAAUUCUAAA